AUGGGUGUGAUUGUGUGUGAAUCAUAUGGUUCACGCUUAAGUUAUAUCUCGUUAUCGUCUGAGAUGCUUGCUGAAGUUGAUAGUGCUGGCGAAGCCUUUGGGAAGCAACAGGAUACUGAGCAUGCAGUUGACAGUUCAUGGAAAGGGGAAUAUUUGCCUAGAAACAUCUCCAUCAAAGGCAUCGUGCGCUUCUACAAUGAGAAGCAGCGCCAUGUCAUCACCACACAAAUGGAACACAAGUGUGUUCGUGACUCUCGCCCUCAUUUACAACAGGAAGGUUUUGAGAUCACAUAUAUGUUUGCAUGGUCUGGUGGGUAUGUUAAUAUUGAUUUAAUGCAGUCCGCAAAUCAGUCCGAUACUGGGCUCAUGUCGGUGAUGACGGUUGAAGAAAUAAGGAAUAUAUGUGGUGAAUUAGGUGUUCUGUCUUAUACUGAUGUGGCUCAAGCUUUUGGCAAGGUUCCCGUUGAUGUACAGAAGAUGAGAAAAAUGAAUUUAAGGUCACGUAUAGUGUUCCAUUAUUACCCUUGCACGGAUAUUUGA